UUAUGAGUUUUGUGUUGACGACGCUAGUGUUUAUUAUUACCCUGAAAUGGAUAAUGAUCAAGAGUCAUAUGAAAAAAGGCAAUACGGACGCUUAAAAUUCUGUUCGAAAUCUUUGGUUUUCGACCCCAAGGAAGUGCAGUAUCCUAUACUUAGGAUUCCUUUUGUUUUUUGUUUAACAAUUAAACGGUGGGAAACUUUAGAUAAAAAAAGAGUCCUGCUCUCAGAGAUUGGCGCUGAGGGCGAAGUUCUUUUUGUGAGAUCUAAGAAAGUAAUUAAAAUGAGAGAAAAGAAUGUUAUAGCCCCUUUCAAGUUUCUAGAAGCUACUGCCGAAUACAAGUUUACCUUUAAUUAUACUUCUUUAUCAUACUUUCUUCCUCUUCUGGAAACUCUCUAUAAGUGCUGCAGUUUGCCUUUAUCAGAACAAAAGCUUGUAUAUGAUAGUAUUCUGGCAAAAAAGGAGGGAAAGGUGUGUUUUGAUUAUAAAUGGUUUGAAGAUGCUGACGAAAUUGAAAUUAAUAAGUUUAUUGUACGUAAAGUUGACGCUUUUGUGAUUUCACACGGACGAGUUGUGCUGACGGCAAAGACGAUUUAUUUUCAACCAUUAAGCAACAUGCAUUCAGAAGUAGUCGCAAAGUACAAGACUCGCAGUAUCUCUCGGGCUGUUCUUCGACGGUAUCUCCUGCAAGACUUGGGCGUUGAGCUGUACUUUUCUACGGGGAACAGCGUGUUUUAUGCCUUCCGAAGCUCUAAGGAAAGAGACCUUUUCAAAGAAGUCAUAGACGAAGUCGCUGGCGUGGGGGGAGCAGAGCCGCUCCGGGAGAUGACGAGAAGAUGGCAGGAAAAGGAGAUCGACAACUUUGAGUAUCUGAUGUACCUAAACAGCGCUGCCGACAGAUCGCUGAACGAUUUGACGCAGUACCCCGUCUUUCCCUGGAUUCUCACCGACUACACUUCAUCCGUUUUGAAUCUCGACGAUCCAUCCGUCUAUCGGGACCUCUCAAAGCCAAUAGGAGCGCUUAAUGAGCUACGUCUUCAGCUGCUAUGGGAGCGUUAUCUUAGCAUGAGCGAGCCCAAGUUUCUGUAUGGUACGCACUACUCCUCGCCUGGGUUUGUACUUUACUAUUUAGUAAGAAAAGUUCCCGAAUAUAUGCUUUGUCUCCAAAACGGAAAGUUUGACCAUCCUGAUAGGCUCUUUAGCAGCGUGCAAAAGACUUGGGAGAACGUCUUGAAAAGUCCAACCGAUGUCAAAGAACUGAUACCAGAGUUCUACGAUACUAGCAAGGCCGGCGACUUCCUUGUGAACACGCAGAACCUCUUUUUCGGGGUCACCCAGGAUCACUCAUUGGUGGACGACGUGGUACUUCCGCCUUGGUCAAAAGACGCCAGUGACUUUGUGAAGACCAUGCGAGCUGCCCUAGAAUCAGAGCACGUGUCCGGCCAUCUCCAUGAGUGGAUUGAUCUUAUUUUUGGCUUUAAACAAACCGGAGAGCCCUCUGUUGCAGCUCGAAAUGUUUUCUACUAUUUAACUUAUGAAGGGGCCGUAGAUUUCGACUCUAUUAAAAGUUCAGAAGAACGAGCUGCUCUUGAAAUGCAAAUCUCUGAAUUCGGCCAGACACCCAAACAGUUGUUUUUCAGGCCGCAUCCCCCCCGUUUAGAGGUCGUCCUAUUUAGUGUUAGACGUCUGAACUUCUCCUAUGUCACUUUUGAAAGGAAGACUUCCGUAAGAACCAAUAGUAUUACAACAUCAGGCCCAGUGGGCGCUCCGCCCAUCUCUGAAGCAAGAGACCUGCGCCCGGGCCUCCGAGCCUCCGACGAAUGCUGCUUCCUGCGCGAGCGUAUACUGUGGGACUUUAGCCGCUUGUCUUUUCUCUAUAGUCGGCGGGCCCACCGACGGUUCUUUUUUUCACUUGUCUUGUCUCUAUACUUUAUGGUUGCCGAUGUUUUUUGCAGAAAAUUAACGGGCCUGUGCCUCUCCACCACUGGAGCUCAUUGGUUCAGUGUUUCUGAAGACGGCACCCUUUGCAUUUUCAACACCACAAAUAAAGCUCAGUUGCGAAGGUUGUACUUAUUACAUUUGACCUUCGACAAAAUGAAGGCUGAAACAUUAUCUUCUCUCCUAUAUGUGUUUAUUGCCUUCAGGAUAGUUAUCUGCCGUUCUGCUCUCUCCUCCGUCAGUGUUAUUGCAAAGACAAACGAAGUCGUUGUUGGUUCUCUGGACGGCCAUUUAUAUUUCUAUUCCAUUUCCAACGGGAAAGUAUUACGAAAGUGGUUGGUCCAUGAGGAUGCAGUGAGUUGCUGUGAAGUCAGAAUGCAAACUCUCGUGACAGGCUCCUGCAAUGCUGACGUCAAGAUUUUUGAAGACGUGGAAGUCGAAGGGGACAUGGUCAAGAGCUUCCGAGGCGCUUACCGGGACCAAUACUCCUCCGUCACUUGCAUAGACCUUGACCACGAGGCUAGUACGUUUGUGGUGGGAACCAGCGAAGGAAGCAUUUCAGUGUAUGUAAAAAGCGCGUCAACGGCUCUUGCACUCAUCGAAAAUGCUCAUGCGGGGGCUGUCUACUCGCUCGCUUUGACUCAGGAGUCUUCUGGCUUUGUUUCCAUUGGAGAGGACUUGAGGUUUGUCUCGUGGACCACUGGAGGUCUGAGGCUCUUCCAAGUGCAUCUUCUGCACUGUUACACCUGUCUUAAAUACGACGGACAAACCGUCAUAGCAGGGACAGUCUUAGGUCAGUUGGACGUCUGGGACAUGGGCUCCUUCACAAAGAUUAAAACUCUCGAACCAGAAGAAGAGGCCCGCUUGGAAUGUCUAGCGGUAUCCCUGGACGGGCGCUUCGUCGCUACCGGUGCCGUAUUACCGACUUUGUUGCAAAUUCUCGGCUUAUUUGUUGCAGGAGCUUCCAAUGGCUCGGUUUAUAUAUACAGUAGCGAUCUCUCGUGCCUCGGACAGGCAUAGACGGACAAAACCUGUAAUAAACAGGCAGAAUAAAUGUUUUGCUUCUCUGUUU